CGUAGUAACGUCGAUUUGUUAUUUUUCGAAGGAGACUAUGGUGCGCGCUUGGUAUAUGGAUAACAGCGAAGCCGAUCAAAGAUUGGAACACCAUAGGCAACCGCCAGAAAUCGUAUCGCUGGAUAAUCUGUUCGCCACAACGGGUGUCGAAUAUUUUAAGAUAAAUCAUUUAAAUUAUGAAACAGAUGUUACUCUGAAAGAAUUACGCGAAAAACGCGGCUAUACUUAUGAAGAUGAAAUAACGUGCUCUAAAGAAUGUUUACAAAAUUACGAAGAGAAGUUGAAGAACUUCUUCACCGAACAUCUUCAUACUGACGAGGAGAUACGUCUGGUUCUAGAUGGGUCGGGCUAUUUCGAUGUGCGCGAUAAGGAUGAUCAAUGGAUUCGGAUUGAAGUGACAGCUGGUGAUCUAAUAAUCAUACCGAGUGGAAUUUACCAUCGUUUUACUUUGGACACUAACAAUUAUAUAAAAGCAAAAAGAUAUUUUGUGGGGGAGCCAGUUUGGCUGCCAUACAAUAGACCAGCUGAAAACAUGGAAUGUCGUAAGCAAUAUCUCAAUCGACUGCAGAAAGGCUUUGAAAUAUCUUUUCUUUGAAUCUUAUAUCAAUACUAUUAUAUUGCAUAUAAGCUUUUCUAUGAAAAAAAUACUUUUACAUUUAUCUUUCAUUCAACUAUAAAUGUGAAAUUAUCAAUUUAUAUGUGAAUAUUGAAAAAAAUGUAUAUAUAUACAAAUGUAUAUUAUAUAAGUAUGUAAUAAUUUAUGAAUGAACAGUAUAAAGCAGUUUAGUACGUACAGUUUCUUUUUUAACAUAUCAAUUUUGUAGGUAUUCUUUAAAUAAAACCAAAAUCUGUUCUUGUA